AACAGGCAUAUGCUAAUUUUGAUUGUCGGUUCAGGGAACAUUUUUUGAGCAUCUACUACUAUCAGGAAAUGUACAAGGUAGAAAAAAAUGAAUGACAGCUCUUAUUCCUAGGUCAUUUAUAGUCUAAUAUGAGAAAUGAACACAUGAACAGUUUCAGUAUGCUUGUUUAAAAAAAUCAUAGUUUCUUUGGCUUCACCAGAGUGUGUUCAGCUUAGGGUAUGUGUGUGAGUGUGAUACUGAGAGCUGGUAGAGAGGUUGUAAGAGCGUUGUCAGUGGAAAGGGAAAGCCUUCUUAAAGAAGCUUAUACUGAUUUUAUUUCACAAUUCUUGGGAUAAAAAAACAAACUUGACUUUGUUUUUAAAGUCAUAAGCCAAUCACUUAACUAGGAUUUAGAAAAAGUUUAAUACCUCUGUAAUGCUUACACUAUCUCUAUCAUGAGUUAUUUUUACUAUUCCUGUUCUAUUUUAUAGAUGAGGAAGGAGAUAGAAGUGGUUACAGUGGGAGAUUUUCAAGUUUUUUAAUCAAGGAGGGACAGACAGUAGCUUACAAGACAGUAGAUUUAUUAUAAACAGAAACAGCUCCAAGAAAACUGAUUUUAUUUUAUAUGUAGUUCUCUAUUUCUGAUGUAGACAAGUGUAGUUGGUCUGGGCAUUUUAUGCUUCUAAAUCAGUUGUAGAGAAAAUCAGAGAAUAUGUAAAUCUAAUAGAUUGAGAAAAAUUGUAAAAUUCUGAGUUGUAUGUGUAACAUUAUUAUUUGGGGGGAAACAUUAUUUUUAUGUGGACUGCUUAUUAAAGGCAAGGAUAGUGUUAGUAAAGAGCUUAGCUGACUAGAUUAGAACAAAGAAAUUGUCUCUUCCCAUCUGUUCUAAUUAGCUUAUCUCUCCUGCUCUCAUAGCAUGUUAGUUAUUUCAGAAAAGAAGGGAGAGGUACUUUGAAAGGACACCAUUUUUAUUCAGCUAAUUUAUAAUGAUUUUGGAAUGGUUGUUAGUUCUUAAACAUAAACUUAUAAAUGUUAGACUUCUUCUGUAACAGUUUGUUACUGGACAUUUCAAGGCUUUUCAGUUACAGAGUUUGGCCUCUCCUCCUCCUUUUGGUUUUGGCUCAAAUGAUUAUGUUUCCUCAUUUUGGGAAGAUUUCUCUGUGUAUUUUGAUAUUUGUCCUGAUAGAAGGAAACCUUCCAUCGUUAACAGCACAAACCUACUUGUCUUUAGAAGAGAUCCAAGAACCCAAGAGUACAGUUUCUUUUCUCCAGACUGACUCAGAAUCCACAGAUUCUUCUCUAUCUCCUAAAAAGAAACAACCUCUGGACAGCAGAGAAACUGAGAGACAUUGGUUGCUCAGAAGAAAGCGAUCUACUUUAUUUCCUAAUGGUGUGAAAACUUGCCCAGAUGAAAGUGUUACAGAGGCUGUGGCAAACCAUGUGAAAUAUUUUAAAGUCCGAGUAUGCCAGGAAGCUGUCUGGGAAGCCUUCAGGACUUUUUGGGAUCGACUUCCUGGGCGUGAGGAAUAUCAUUAUUGGAUGAAUUUGUGUGAGGAUGGAAUCACGACUAUAUUUGAAAUGGGCACACAUUUUAGUCAGUCUGUGGAACACAGAAGCUUAAUUAUGCAGAAACUGACAUAUGCAAAGGAGACUGUAAGUGGCUCUGAAUUGUCAUCUCCAGUUCCUGUUGGUGACAUGUCAACACUGGGAGAUGCUGGUCUCAGUGUUCCAUAUCCAGGGGUGACCUCCUAUGAAGGUAUCUCAGAGAGCAGCUUGGAGAGGCCAGAAGACAGUAUUAGCAAUGAAAUUGAUAAUGUGAUAGAAGAAUCCACAAAAACAGCCACUGAGCAGGUUGCAGAAUUCAGUAUCCACCUUUUGGGGGAACAGUACAAUGAAGAACUACAGGACCCCUCCAGCUUUCACCACCAGCGCCUUGUAGAAGACUUUAUUUCAGAGGUGGAAAAUGCAUUUACUGGGUUACCAGGCUACAAGGACAUUCGUGUACUUGACUUUAGGUCCCCUAAGGAAAAUGGCAGUGGCAUAGAUGUUCACUAUGCAGUUACCUUCAGUGGGGAGGCUAUCAGCAAUACUACCUGGGACCUAAUUAGCCUACAUUCCAACAAGGUGGAAAACCAUGGUCUUGUAGAAUUGGAUGAUAAGCCCACUGCUGUUUAUACAAUUAGUAACUUCAGAGAUUAUAUUGCUGAGACACUGCACCAGAAUUUUUUGCUGGGGAGCUCUUCUUUGAAUCCAGAUCCUGACUCCCUUCAGCUUAUCAAUGUGAGAGGGGUUUUACUUCCCCAAAGUGAAGACCAAGUUUGGAACAUUCAAAGUUCAAGUCUUCAGCAAGCCCUACCAUCUAUUCUGGAUAAUACCCCUCAAGCUGAAUGGCCCUCAGCAGAUGAAUCCACCACGAGCAGUAUUUCACCACUUGGUUUCAGCUCUGGCCUUCCUUCAGCCACUGGCAGGGAACUCUGGUCAGAAAGCCCUUUGGGUGAUUUAGUGUCUACACCCAAAUUAGCCUUUCCCUCGAAGGUGAGCCUCAGUUCUUCCCCAGAGGUUUUAGACGUUAGCGGCUUGACUCUUCAUUCUGUCACCCCAGCAGUGCUUCAGACUGACCUGCCUGUGGCUUCUGAAGAAAGGACUUCUGGGUCUCACUCAUUAGAAGAUGGAUUAAUGAAAGUUGAAGUGUCAGAAGAUUUUCUUUCUGUUAACCCAUUGCCUUCAAGUCCAUUUACUUAUCCUGUGCCAAAAGAAACACCACCAUCCAUGGAAGACUCUGGGAUAUCUUUGCCAUCCUCACCAUAUCCAGUCUCCUCUGUCACAUUUGAUCUUCUUGCUAAAGAAGUAACUACACCGUUUGGCAUGGACUCUUUGGCCUCCAAAGUCAAAGACCAAUUAGAAGUGAGCCCUUGGAUGCCAGACAUAACUAUGGAAAAAGAGUUCAUGUUUGAAAGUGGUUUGGGUUCAGGGUCUGGGCAAAAGAUAGACCUGAUUACUUGGCCAUGGAGUGAGACUUCAUUAGAGAAGAGCACUGAACCAUUGUCCAAGUCAUGGCUUGAAGUUGAGGAUUCGCUUUUGCUAACUGAGGGUAUAGAUGUGAAACCAGUUAUAGAUGACAAAAUAGAUUCUGCAGAUCAACGUGCUGAGCAUUCAGAAUAUGGGCCUUUUGAUGGGUCUACAAACUUUGCAGAAGAUGAGCCCCUUGGUGGACCUACUGUGUCCCUCUUUGCAGAGACCACAACUCAAUCUGCAUCUCCAGUUCUACCCAAGCACACAUCAGAGGUACCCGACAUUGAUUAUUAUUCAGUUACCAAAUCACCUCCUCUGCAGACAUUUGUGGCAGUCUCCACUUCUACUGAUAAAGCAGAUCAAGUAGAACACUUUAUAAAGGAGGAUAUGGAGCAGACUACAGAGUCAUUUAACCAUGAAUGGUUUGACAGCAAGAUUUCAAUAGAAAAGUCAGAUGUGCAGCCUUUGAGGACCACAGUGCCAGAGUCAGAUGUCUUUUGGGCAAGAACUUCUCCCUUAGGGAAACUGUCCAGAGACACAUUGGCAAGUACACCACAGAGUACUGACAAGCUCUGGUUGAAAGCUUCCAUGACACAGUCUACCAAAUUGCCUUCAACCAUAAGUUCCACCCUGCUGGAAGAUGAAGUCAUUAUGGGUGUACAGGAUAUUUCAUUAGAGUUGGACCAGAUAGGCACAGAUUACUAUCAGCCUGAGCUAAUCCCUGAGGAAAGUGGCAUGGUUGGUAGUUAUGUGGAAAUGUCUACAAAUAUCCACUCCACAGAGAUGGCUCUUGUUGCUCAACCCACAAGAAGUGAUGACCUGAGUCAUACCCAAGCCGUAGGAGCUGUGGUGGUUUUCUUCAGCCUCAGAGUGACUAACAUGAUGUUUUCAGAAGAUCUGUUUAAUAAAAACUCUUUGGAGUAUAAAGCCCUGGAGCAAAGAUUUUUAGAACUGCUGGUUCCCUAUCUCCAAUCAAAUCUCACUGGAUUCCAGAAUUUAGAAAUCCUGAACUUCAGAAAUGGCAGUAUUGUGGUGAAUAGCCGAAUGAAGUUCACCAGGUCUGUCCUUCCUAACGUCACCAAUGCUGUCUACGUGAUUCUGGAAGACUUUUGCACUACUGCUUACCAAACCAUGAACUUGGCUAUUGAUAAAUACUCCCUUGAUGUGGAAUCAGGUGAUCAAGCCAACCCUUGUAAGUUUCAAGCAUGCAAUGAAUUUUCUGAGUGUUUGGUCAAUCCCUGGAGUGGAGAGGCGGAGUGCAGAUGCUACCCUGGGUACCUGAGUGUGGAAGAUCUGCCUUGUCAGAGUCUCUGUGACCUACAGCCCAACUUCUGCUUGAAUGAUGGGAAGUGUGACAUCAUGCCUGGACAUGGGGCCAUUUGUAGGUGCCGGGUGGGUGAGAACUGGUGGUAUCGUGGUGAGCACUGCGAAGAGUUUGUGUCUGAGCCCUUGGUGAUCGGCAUCACCAUUGCCUCCAUGAUUGGACUUGUCCUCAUUUCUUCUGCUGUAGUCUUCUUCAUCAUCAAGGCUCUUCAAGCUCAAUAUGUUAGGAGGGAAAGAGGGAGACCCUCCAGCAGGCAGCGUGAUGGCCUCUCAUCCGUAGAAAGUGCCGUGAAGCACAACCCCGUAUUUGAAAGUUAUGAGGCCGACCUCGAGCAGUAUGAGGGCCCCUACCCUCAGCGGCCCUUCUACAGCUCCACAGACAGAGAGAUGAUUGCUGGUCUGAGCAGGGAAGAGAUCAGACAAAUGUAUGAGAACAGUGACCUUUCCAGAGAGGAAAUCCAAGAAAGAAUGAGAAUUUUGGAACUGUAUGCCAGGGAUCCUGAGUUUGCAGCUUUUGUCAGAGAACAUCAAAUAGUCUAGAUGGACAUGAUUUGGGUGUAGAACUGGCCACCUUGUGGAACACUUAUGAGAAGCACGAAUGGGGCUGAAGGAGGAUUGUUGUUUCCAGAAGCCAAUCAGUGAAGUAAGAAUUCUGACAUAUUUCUGAAGAGCAAAUCUCUUGUUGACUGUGCAAAUGUCUGCUCCACAUCUGUUAAUGGAAGGAACUCCUGAACUCUCAGUGUGAGACCUGAGCUCCUCAGUUCAGGAAUAAAGACUUUGGCCUUACCUUUGUCAUCAUUGAACCACAAUGAGAAACACUGGAGAAUGAAGUUUCCAUGGUGAAGACCCUCUGCUGUUCACACUGUAAGGGCUAAAAGAGCUAUUGGUCUUACAGGACAAACUAUCUUGAAAGAGCUUUUAAAAAGAACUUUUCCCUUGGGACUUCCCUGGUGGUCCAGUGGUUAAGAAUCCACCUUGCAGGGCAGGGGAUGAGGGUUUGAUCCCUGGGUUGGAAAGAUCCCACGUGCCACGGAUUAACUAAGCCCGCGUGUUAUAAACUACUGAGCCUGUGAGCUCCAGAGCCUGUGCACCACAACUAGAGAGUGCAUGGUAAAGAAUUCAAGGUGGUUUUUUGUUUUUGUUUUUUUUGGUUCAGAAGGUGCUUUGGAGUCUUGCAGAUGUAACCUUUAUAGUUGAGUAUACAUACAGGAUUCUUGGGUUCUGGAUAAUGAGAAAUUUAUUUGGUAUGUAGGACUCCAUUUCCACAUGGCAGUGGUUUAAGGGUAUUUGUUCACAGUUAUGUGCUGUAAAGUCCCAUUUACUUCACAUAAUAACACAAGUGCAAGUUUUACCUGAUUUUAAUCCCACCCUUUGUUUUUUCUUUUCUUCAGUAUCUGGUCAUCAUGGCUUGGCUGCUCCCCUUCUCAUACUUUUUUUUAAUCACAUAGUAAAUUGUAAUGUAAUUGAACAACCCUCAUUUAUUAGUACUUCUGACAAAAGAUGAAAAUUGCACAAAUGUUCUUUGUAGGCUCUAAAGCCAUGUUGACUCAAAUGUGUACCUGAUCUAUUUAUUUGCAUUCUUUUUUUGGUAAGUUUGCCUUCAUCCAUCUCAUAAUUUUUAGGCAGUGGGCAUCUUUGUGUCAUUUCCAUGUUUUCAAUAAUGGAUACUUUGACAUCUAUCAGCCUGUGAAUUGAAGUUUCAUUUUGAAAUGGGAAAACAAGGUAACAUAUUUGCUCCAUGAGGAAACAGCUGAUUUAGGAGAAAAACUUACCUUUAUUAAGUUGAAAUAUUUUAGCUAAGAAAAAUAUGGGUCAUUUUUUUUUCUUAAAAUGUUUCUAACAAUUCCCAGUAGAAUGGGUGGGGCCAGCCUUUCAAAUUUACAAUCCAGCUGCAAUGAGUCAUGCCUCCUAGCUCAUUCUAUUCCCAAGUGUGCAAUGAAUGCAGAAAAAUGGUGUGACGGUCAUAAUCAUCAAAUCAGUUGCAUUGUGUUCUCCAGAAGAACCUGGCUGGAGGUGAGAAGGUGGGAGGGUACCAGAAAGUAACUGAUGAUGUAAAGAAUAUAAAUAGAAAUUUCCUUCAGUCAUGCAUUUUGUAAAACCUUAACAUUAUCUGUUUGAUUUAACAAGACACAGGUUAAAUCACUCCCCUUGGGGUAAUAAGACAGAGUAAAACACACAACUUACAGCUACAGCCUAGUUGAAAUGAUUCCUUAUCCUUUUUUCCUUCACUUAGUUACUUUUUUAGUGGUUAAGGGAGUAAAUAGGAAAAAUGUAACCAUAAUAUCAGAGAAUAAGGUAUAAUUAUUUAUGUAUGUGGACUGUGAUGAUUAUGAAGUGACUGUACAUACCAUAAUAUAUGUUCAAUAUGAAGUGUGGAUAAUGAAAGAUUUUUCUGUUUCAUCUUGUUUAUGAUGACACUGUAUUUAAAGUAUGGGUCAGAUAAGCUCAUGUUACUGUACUGUUUGCUUGACAUGCUCUAGUCUUAAUACUAGCUAAUUAGAAAUAAAAAUUUAACAGUC